GCUGCACUACUUGCCGCGAACCGCCCAAAAUAAAAAAAAACUCAAAACCCUAAACCUCAGUCUUCACUCGCUGUCUAUCUCAUUCGCUUCAUUCUCAGGGGAAGCCUCCGAUAAAGCCUUUGGGAGAAGAAUUUUGUUGCCAAAAGUAUCGCGAACUAACGGCCGGAUGCUGCGUGCGGGAGGAGAAACCUAGUCAGUCUUCUGUCCCCUUUGCAUCGGUAAUGGCCCUCUCCGUGCUCCGCCUGACUUCGUCCUCUCUCGUGCGCUUCCGGCCGUUCUUCUCCACUUCCGGACAUUGUCUCCGCAGCGGCUUCUUGGAGCUUCGUUUUCUCUCUACUGGGCACACUCGGCGGACGCCCGCGCUUAAGGCGAGGCGGAGGGAUAAAGGGGACACGAGAGUGCGGAAAGUGGAGGAGGAAGGGGGCAACGGGACGGUGCUGAUUAAAGAUAGCAGCGGCCUUGGUAGUUGGGAUGGUAAGAUCGUUAUGACGGAGCUACAUAAGGAGGCCAAGGAGGCCUACAUGGCGUAUGCGAUGUCCGUGCUUCUCGGCCGUGCCCUCCCGGACGUGCGGGAUGGGCUUAAGCCGGUGCACCGCAGGAUACUGUAUGCCAUGCAUGAGUUAGGCCUUUCUUCUCGUAAGCCUUUCAGAAAAUGUGCUAGAGUAGUUGGAGAGGUUUUGGGUAAAUUUCAUCCUCAUGGAGAUACUGCUGUGUAUGAAUCCCUUGUCAGAAUGGCACAGAAUUUUUCUAUGCGGUGCCCGCUUAUUCAAGGACAUGGGAACUUUGGGUCUGUUGAUGCUGAUCCUCCUGCAGCAAUGCGAUACACUGAAUGCAGGUUGGAGGCCGUCACUGAAGCCAUGCUUUUGAUGGAUUUAGAACAGAAUACUGUUGACUUUGUUCCAAAUUUUGACAAUUCACAAAAGGAGCCAUCUCUUUUGCCAGCUCGUGUUCCUACUUUAUUGCUAAAUGGUUCUUCUGGAAUUGCGGUUGGGAUGGCAACAAAUAUUCCACCUCAUAAUCUUUGUGAGCUUGUGGAUGCUCUCACCGCGCUGAUUCAUAAUCCUGAUGCUUCGCUUCAAGAACUGCUGGAGUACAUGCCUGGGCCAGACUUCCCAACAGGAGGGCUGAUUAUGGGAAAUAUUGGAAUUUUGGAAGCAUAUAGAACUGGUCGGGGGCGUAUAAUAAUUAGAGGGAAGACUGAAGUGGAGUCCGUUGAUGAGAAGACAAAACGAGUAGCAAUUGUCAUUAAAGAGAUCCCUUACCUGACAAACAAAGCUGCAUUGGUAGAGAAAAUUGCUGAGCUUGUUGAGGAUAAGAUAUUAGAUGGUAUAAGUGAUAUUCGAGAUGAGAGUGAUCGCACUGGGAUGCGUGUUGUUAUAGAGUUGAAAAGGGGUUCAGACCCAGCCAUUGUGCUCAACAACCUUUACCGUCUCACAGCUUUGCAAUCUAGUUUCAGUUGCAAUAUGGUAGGCAUUCUUGAUGGACAGCCAAAGCUGAUGGGUCUGAAAGAGCUACUUCAGGCCUUCCUUGAUUUUAGAUGCUCUGUUAUCGAAAGGCGUGCUGGAUUUCAGCUUUCUCAAGCAAAAGAAAGGAGGCAUAUCGUGGAGGGAAUCAUCAUCGGACUAGACAAUUUGGAUGGUGUAAUCCACACAAUUCGUGAAACAUCAAACAAUGCAAUGGCUAUGACCACUUUGAUGAAUAAAUAUGAGUUAUCCCAAAAGCAAGCUGAAGCCCUAUUGGAUAUAACGUUGAGGAAACUUACUUUGCUUGAGAGAAAGAAGUUUGUGGAUGAAAGUGAAUCAUUGUUGGAACAAAUAUCAAAACUAAAUGAGCUUUUGUCUAGCGAGAAAAACAUACUUAAGCUUAUCGUCGAGGAGGCGCUUGAGUUGAAGAGCAGAUUUGGAGCUCCAAGAUGCUCAUUAUUGGAAGCUGGUGAUGGUAGCCAAUUUGAGGAAAUUGAUGUUAUCCCAAAUGAAGAAAUGCUGCUGACCCUCAGUGAGAAAGGUUAUCUUAAGCGGAUGAAGCCUAACACCUUCAAUUUGCAAAGGCGAGGAACAAUUGGAAAGUCAGUUGGAAAGAUGCGAGUAAAUGAUUCUAUGUCUGACUUUAUUGUCUGUCAUGCACAUGAUCGCAUUCUUUAUUUCAGUGAUCAAGGGAUUGUUUAUUCAGCACCUGCCUACAGGAUCCCAGAGUGCACAAGGACUGCUGCUGGAACACCUUUGGUGCAGCUACUAUCUUUGACUGAGGGAGAAAGAAUAACAUCUAUAAUACCUGUUAGUGAAUUUGCUGAAGAUCAAUACCUACUUAUGCUGACUGUGAAAGGCUAUAUCAAGAAAAUUUCGCUGAAUCUUUUUUCUUCAAUCAGAGCAACAGGGAUAAUUGCAAUCCAACUGAUGCCUGGUGAUGAGCUCAAAUGGGUUCGUCACUGUGUAGAUGAUGAUCUUGUUGCAAUUGCUUCACAAAGCGGGAUGGUCACCAUUUCUUCCUGUAAUCUGCUUCGUGUUCUUGGGAGGAAAACAAGGGGUGUAAAUUCCAUGAGAUUAAAAGAAGGGGACCAGGUAGCAUCCAUGGACAUCAUACCUUCUGGGAUGAGGAAAGAUUUUCCAAGAGAUUCAGAUGUUCCUUGUAUCAGCAGGGGUAGAGAUACUAGUCCUCCCUGGCUGUUAUUUUUGUCAGAAAGUGGCCAUGGGAAGCGGGUACCUCUAAGUGGAUUUCGCCUGUCAAGAUUUAGAUCAGUCGGCUUGAUUGGCUAUAAGCUUCAAACGGAUGAUCGGCUAGCUGCAAUGUUUGUUGUUGGAUAUUCGUUGGAAGAAGAUGGGGAAAGUGAUGAACAGGUUGUUCUCGUUAGUCAAAGUGGAACUGUUAACAGAAUUAAAGUUAGGGAUAUUUCUAUCCAAUCACGCUAUGCUAGGGGUGUUAUUCUCAUGAGAUUGGAACAUGCUGGAAAGAUCAAGUCUGCUUCACUAAUUUCAGCAUCAGCACCAGAGGAAGCUGAGCUAGAAGAUUGAAGUGUAAAGCUGAAUAGGUACAAUUUUUGGCUGCAUUGUUAUGCAGGAAUUGAUAUUUUGGUGCAGAAUGGUUAGCUUUUGCUAGAUUUAUGUUAAGUUUUAGCCAUAGCGCCAACCUUAAAAACUGUUUCAGAUUCAGGCAGGAGCAGUUUUGUCAACAAAUGGUCAUUGUAAUCUUAGCGAGCAAUUUAAUCAGAAGAAAUCCAUUUUGGCAA